GUGUUAUGUAGUGUGACUGAUAGCGGCGGGCGGUAUGGACGGACAUGGCGGCAGCUCCUGUCACUCCCAGGGCUGUGAGGGGUGCUGUAUGGGAGCAGAUGGCGGGGUGAGGGAGACUGUGCAGGAGAUGGACUUCCACAGAGGUAUCUGGUCCGCUGCCCUGGAUGGAGAUCUCACUCGCGUCCAGCGCUUCAUCGAUAAGGGGACAGGUCCAAACCUGACUGAUCACUUUGGCUACACGGCACUGCACUAUAGCUGCCGGAAUGGCCAUCUGCCUGUGUGUAGCUUUCUUCUGAGUGUUGGAGCUGACAGCAAUGCUCAGACACAUGGAGGCAGCACAGCUAUGCACCGGGCAGCGUACUGCGGUCACCUCCAGGUGGUGCAGCUGUUACUGAAAUACGGCGCAGACCCCAUGAAGAGAGACUCCGAUGGGAGGACCGUUCUCCACAAGGCAGCCGAGGGAGGUCAGUGGGAGAUGUGCCAUUUCCUCCUCCAUCACUAUAAAGGGCUCAGCGAUAUACAAGACUGUAGAGGUCAAACUGCCGCAGAUCUGGCCCCAUCCACGGUGGCUGAUGUUUUCUCCAUAUAAAUUCUCAGA